GUUCCUCCUGACCCGGCUGAAGGAGUUCUGCGGGGAGUUCCUGAAGAAGAAACUCAACCUCUCCAACUGCGUCGCGGUUCACAGCUUGGCCCACAUGUAUUCCUUGAAUCAGCUGGCCCUCAAAGCCCAGGACAUGAUCAGGAGGAACUUCUACAAAGUUAUCCAGGAUGAGGAGUUCUACACUCUGCCCUUUCAUCUCAUCAGGGACUGGCUCUCGGACUCGGAGAUCACAGUGGACUCGGAAGAAAUCCUUUUUGAGACUGUUUUGAAGUGGGUGCAGAAAAAUCCUGAGGAAAGAGAGAGGUACUUUGAAGAUCUCUUUAAGCUGCUUAGGCUCUCUCAGAUGAAACCCACUUACCUCACCCGCCACGUCAAAUCCGAGAGGCUGGUGUCGAGCAACGAAGCCUGCGUUCGGUUGGUGUCCGAGGCCGUGGAGAGUCACGCCCUGCGGGCCGAGAACCUGCAGUCGGGGAACCUGCAGCACUGCGCCUGCCCCGUGGCGCUGCUGCCGCGCCUCGGGCAGAACAUGGACGUCAUCAUGGUGAUCGGCGGCGUCUCGGAGGGAGGGGAUUACCUGAGCGAGUGCGUCGGGUAUUUCAUCGAUGAGGACCGGUGGGUGAACUUGCCGCACAUCCACAAUCACCUCGACGGUCACGCCGGGGCCGUGACGGAGUCCUACGUGUACGUAGCCGGCUCCAUGGAACCCGGCUUCGCCAAGACCGUGGAGAGGUACAACCCGAACAGAAACAUCUGGGAGCAGGUGGCGAACCUGAUCACCAGGAAGCAUUCCUUCGGCCUGACCGAGGUCAGGGGCAAUCUGUACAGCAUCGGCGGGCACGGCAAUUUCAGCCCCGGCUUUAAAGACGUGGCCGUUUACAACCCCAAGCAGGACAAGUGGCACAACCUGGAGUCGGCUCCGAAGAUCCUUCGCGACGUCAAAGCCGUUUCCGUCGAAGACCGGUUUGUUUACGUGGCCGCCCGGACCCCCGUGGACAGCGACAGCGAGGACGGGCUGCGCGCCGUCAUCAUCAGGUUCGACGCCGAGACGAGGCAGUGGCAGGACGUGGAGUCUCUGCCGCUCAUCGACAACUACUGCUCUUUCCAGAUGUCGGUGGCUCACACGAACUUCUACCACACGGCAUCGUGCUGCCCCAAGAGUUACUCCGUGGAUAACGAGGAGGCCAAGGCGAAGAUCUCUGGCAGGGCCUCGGAUGAAAUACUCGAGAGCUUGCCCCCAGAGGUCCUGAGCAUUGAAGGAGCAGCGAUCUGUUACUAUAAAGAUGAUGUUUUUAUCAUCGGGGGGUGGAAGAACAGCGACGACAUUGACAAGCAGUACCGGAAAGAGGCGUAUCGGUACUGCGCCGAGAGGAAGCGCUGGAUGCUUCUGCCUCCCAUGCCUCAGCCUCGCUGCAGGGCCACGGCCUGCCACGUGAGGAUUCCCUUCAGGUGCUUGCAGGGGACGCAGAGAUACCCUAUGCCCCAGAACUUGAUGUGGCAGAAAGACAGAAUCCGGCAGAUGCAGGAGAGGCAGAUGCAGGAGAUCCACCGGCACUCGCUCAGCCUGCGGAGGAUGCCGCGCUCGCAGAUCGAGUGCUAG